GCCGUAUAAGUAUAUUUAUAUAUACAUUCUUUUAACGCAACUCUUUUGGAUACGUUGCAGCACACAACUAAUGGAAGGUUCUAACACAUCUACAUCUCUAACACCGUAACAUCAGGUAGAGCAUAAUUUUCAUCAGAUACGUACCAAUCAAUGGAAAAUUCGGCGUUAGGAUAUAUUGAUUGUCACUGUCACCUUUCUUGUACCGAAUUUAAUGUUGACCGUCAUAAGGUAAUAGAACGAGCAAAAGCUGCAAAUGUUCAAGCAAUUAUCAUUGUUACGGAGUUUGGAGAUGAGUUUGACAAAACAUUGCAGCUCUGCAGUGACUACAGAGGUUUCUUAUUUCCAAGCUUAGGAAUUCAUCCACUGCAAAUGAAUAAAACUGACUCCAACCAUCGCAGCUGUCGAUCAUCUGAUCUUACUCCAAGAUUAUCUGAUAUUCGACUAAAUGCUCAACAUCUGGUUGGGGUGGGUGAAGUUGGUUUGGACUUCACUCCACGUUUCAUUAAGUGCGCUCAAGAUAAAGAUGAUCAAAGAGAGGUCUUUAAAACACAGAUUCAACUUGCAAAAGAAUUGGAUUUACCAUUAAAUGUUCACUCUCGUUCUGCUGGUCGUCCAGCAAUAGAAUUGCUCCGAACAGAAGGUGCAGUUAACGUAUGCAUGCACGCUUUCGAUGGUAGAAGUUCUGUUGCAAUGGAAGGCGUCAAACUUGGUUAUUAUUUCUCAAUUCCUCCAUGUAUUGCAAGGAGUGUACAAAUGCAAAAAUUAGCAAAAGCUGUUCCACUCGAAAAUUUGUUGCUUGAGACCGAUUCCCCAGCAUUGAGUCCGAUAAAGCAGGAAAGGAAUGAACCAUGUAACAUUCACGUUUCAUGUGAAUAUGUUGCAAAAAUAAAGGGAAUUUCUACAGAAGAUGUUAUGAAAGCAACUAACAAAAACGCUAGAAAACUUUUUUCAAGAUUGAGAAUUUUAUGAAGUGCUGUUAAAACACAACUAAAAUUAAAUUAAUUUUCACCUGGCACACAUAUUUUCUUAAUUUCUGGCACCAUGGCAGUUAUUGCCAGCAGAGUUACAUGCGAUAUGUGGUAACUGAGCGGGCAUGAGGUGUAUACAAUAAGACAUUUUGUUAUAAUAAUGAGUCAAAUGUCUUUUUUUUGUCAUAUAAUUUUCUGGCGCCCAGGUAAUUUCCACCCACGAAGUUACAUAAGUGAUAACCAAGGUGGCAUGGGGUGUAUAAUUAAACACUGUUUUAUGAUAAAGACUGUCAUUGCGCUGUGCCUGCCAUGCAAAGAUAUAUAAGUUAAAUUCAUUCUUUCACCUGUUAAAAAUUGUUUAGAUUACCAUAUUGGUGGGAAAUUGGUGUCGGGUAAAUAUUGAAGCGUUUGCUUCUGCUUUAAAUUGUAAAUUCAAAAACUAGAGUACCAAAGAUAACAGAUAUGAAUUUUGAAAUACAUCAGCAACUAAAGGAUAAAUAUUUGACAUGAGUGUAUGUGGCUUACCAUCACAACAUAUCUAUACAUUGUUGAUUAUUUCAUACCACUUCUUUUACCUUACCUAAUGCAAAAAAAAAUGUUUAG